CGCAGCGAAGGCGUGGAUGGCAUCCCAUCGACGCACGUCCAUGGGCAUGUUGCUCUGGUAUGCCGUCGUGUCGUGUUGUUACAUUGACGCCCAGCCCGUGGGAGACUCGCCCGAGUCGUGCUGUGCUACGUGCCUCGCCCAGCCCAAAGUGGGCAGCGCUGACGCCGUCGACUUUACGGCGUGCGCCGCCGCUCAAACCACGUGCUGCUUUGACAAAACGUGCCAGCCUGCCGUGUUCGGCCAGCCAACGUACGACCUCACGCUCAUGACGUUUGCCGACACGGACAUGCGAUUCCCGGCCGGCAACUGGCUGCGCCUGCAAUGGCCCGCCGCCAUGGACGUCAAGUACCUCGCGCUAAAAACUGGCCAGCCCAAGACGACGCAAGUGACGAACGCGAGCGCGGCGGCCACGCCCAAGGCUGGCGGGUUCUUUUUCAUCUGCCCCGCCGUGGAAGGCAAGGUGUUCUUGCGAGCGUUUGCACAGGGCGGGUGCAUCGCGUCCAAGGAGCUCUCGAUCACAAUUACGCCAGGCAAUGGAUCGACGUGCUCGGACGCGGUGCCAGCUGCGCCAGUGUCCACGGGCGACUGCGACCCAGUGCGAGGGGCCAUGCUGAACGGCGUGUGCACGUGCUUGGAGGACUUUGCUGGCCCCCCGCAAUGUCUGCGAAACGCGUUCUGGAAGCGGUGGGGCCAGAUCAUUACGUAUGCUGCUGGCGGGCUGUCGACGAUCACGGCCAUGUUUGGGUUCUACAGGUUUUACAAGAUGCGGAAGUCCACCAAGGCGGCGGCCAACCAGCGGCUGUCGGUCAUGCUGCCGCACCACCUUAGCGACCAUGGAGCCGAUGGCAGCACCGUUGAGUCUCCCCAACACACGAAUGCGGUCUCGAUAACAACUCCAUCCAAGAAGGUGGCGCCACCAGCGUCGAAGGACGUCAUCCAGCACGCCCCGAAACAAGUCCGAUUGACCAAGUUGAACGCACUCGAAGUCGAUUGCUGCCGCGACGUUGCCGAGUCUUCGAUGGGAUCGUCCAUGUCUGACGUGGUGCUGCUCGACUGCAGCGCUGCGUCGCCCGGCUACCACCACGACGCAGCCACAGCAAACGGCCGGACUUCGCAUGAGUUUACGUUGUAGCACGAGUAGGAUGGGAACUUUAAAUUUGUGGUUUUACAUGUCGCUUCCGUGGACCAUGGAGAGAGGGGAAGCAUGGCAUGGCGAGUGCGCUGGCCAACGCAUUUCUAGUGUGAGCAGCACACACUUACGCACCAAGCACCUCCGUCGCACACCCCUCGCGGAAGUCAGGAUAUCGCGGCAGUGGUUUAGCCGAGGGUGAUACCGAAGCCGAACUUGUGGGCAUCGCCUUCGAAGUUCUUCACGUCCACUUGGGCGGAAGUGGUCAACGACACAAACGGGCGCAACUUUUGGAUCGACGCCAACGACAAAAUGCCUUCCGAAUCGACCUUGGCAAGGUACGUAGUGUCCUUGUCAGCGGUGUAGCGACCACCGACCGUCAACGUGUUGCCGCCGGUCUUCGAGUCAAAGUCGUACACGGCAGAGUAGGUGACGUCCUUGCUGGGGGAGUGAACGAACGAGGUGACAAGGUUCUUGCAGAACUUCUUGGCGACAAUCGACGCUUCAAAGUCUGCGGCCUUGUACCCGAUAGCACCACCGUAGUCCGAGACAGCUUGCUUUUCCAACGAGAACGCGGUGGUACCACCGACGACGAAGUUGUCGUAGUGAAAUACACCGUUUUGAGUCACGUUGUUGCCGGCGACGUCAAUUUCGGUGUGGGUCGUGAACGCGUCUUGGGUGUACUUGAGGUCGACCGUGGCAACUUGCUUGGCGUUCUUGCCACCGUCUUCGAGCUUAAAGCCGAGCUUCAAGUUGUCGACCAACGCGUUGUUGAUCUCGGCUUCACCAAUCAAGCGGCCUUGGGUCGUGACUUGGAGCUUGGUGACGUUCAACCCGCUCGAGUGGUUGAAGCUCGCGCCGAGCUUGGCGAGGAUCGACUUGUUGGCACCCAACGAACCUUCCGUCGUGAACGUGACGCCGUUGGCCGAUUUGGUCUUGACCUUCAACUUGCGGGAGAAAUCGUAAUCGUCCGAGAUCGUGUUGUUGGCCUUCUUGCCGAUGUCUUUGUACAGGGUCGCGGGCAUGGUGCUGCUUUGAUGUGAGGGGGACGCGGCAGAUUCGAAAGU